AUGCAUUUCGCUGCCUCUGCUCUGGCCCUCGCCGCCACCGCGGCCGUCGCCAACGCCGCCGGCGUCACCUUCUGGACCCUGGACAGCAAGACCCGCAUGAUCUACUUCACUCCCAACGCCGGCAACGGCUACAAGGAGAUCGAGCCCAUCAAGGUCAGCAACGCCGAGAAGACGCGUGUCGAGUUCCCUGAUGAGUGGAUUGGCAACGCCUACGCUGUCCAGGAGGGCGCGGAAAACGUCCCCGGCAUGCUCGCCGAGUUCAACUUCGGUGGCUGGAACGGCCAGACCUACUUCGACGUCUCCGCCAUUGUCGACCCCAAGGACCACGACAACGUCAAGCAGAUGUGGCCCGCCAAGUCUCAGCAGCCCAUGUCUGGCUGCGAGGUCUUCCCCUGCGACAACGCCUACUGGCUUCCCGACGACGUCCAGACCAAGGUCACCUCCGAGACCGAGCUGAUCACCACGCUCGGCUCCGGCUCCACCGGUCUCAACUUUGCCAAGUAA